CCUGUCUAGUUGACCUUUUAAUUUUUCAUAUAUAAAUGUUCUUAACAAGUAUAUGUGUGAUCAGAUUGUUCGAAAUGUAUUGCGCAAAUAUAUCACAUAAUUCUGAUAAACUACGUCUUCUCAUUGGAUUAUCGAAAUGAAAUUAAUUAUUAACUAUGUUUUUAUGAUAUGUACACUUAGCAGUCCUACACAACAUGAUAUCAUAUAUCUAUAAAAAUUCAAGAAAAUAUUUCAUCACAAGAAGAUUACAGUCAGUGUUGAACGAUAAUAUUUUGAGAAUAAUCUUCACAACUACAAUAAUAUUACUAAUUAUAAUAAUGGUCAAGUUAUUGAAGUCUGGAUCAUAUGAAGUUCCUUCAACUAAUCUAUAUCAAAAUAUGAUAAGUGAAUCCAUAGAAACGUGUGAAGCAUUUUUAAAAGACACAGUGAAAAGUCCGUUAACUACCAAACACUUCGAAUCUUAUUCAACACGCAACGACCGUUAUCAUCUAUGGGAUGGUUCGAAGUCUUGUGAUAACUUCAAACAACUAAUUGAACAACCUGUCUGGUUGAGUGAGGAAGAGAAAUCAUAUCCGAUUGCAUAUUCCCUACUAAUUUAUGAUGAUGUUGAAUGGACAGCUCGACUACUGCGUUUAAUUUAUCGUCCGAACAAUCUUUAUUGUAUUCACGUGGACAAGAAAUCGCCUGAAUGGUUUUAUGAGGAAAUUGUUAAUCUGUCUAGAUGUUUCGGUGCUAAUGUUCUGGUAGUGAAUCGAUCUGAGAGCAUCCGUGUAGUUUGGGGGCACUAUUCAGUAGUGGAGGGAUUUCUUGCUUGUUCUGAGUUGUUAUUCAACAAUCCAACUGUAAAAUGGCAAUAUUUGGUGAACAUCAACGGGAAAGAAUUACCAUUACGAACGAAUUGGGAAUUAGUAGUUGCACUGAAAGCGUUGAAUAUGUCCAAUAUCAUUGACUGUGCUAGAAAAAAUGCUCCUGAACAAAGAAUACCCUCAAAACAACCGAAUUUUGUAGUGAAGUGGACGAAGGGUAGUUUCCAUGCCGCUCUAAGGCGAGACAUGGUUGAUUACAUACUUCAUGAUAAACGAGCUUUAGAAAUAAGAAAGAUUUUUAAAGAAGAAGAACAUUUACCGAAAAUUCCAGAUGAAUUGUUUUUCAGUACAUUGGCAUACAAUCCACAACUUGAAGCUCCAGGAGCAUGUCUCACGUGUCACGUAUCGAAUGGGAAGGAUCCUCGUUCGACAUUUGUUGCGCGAUAUAAAAUUUGGUGGCCAGCUUAUUGCGCAUCGAGACGCAUUGUUCGUGGUAUUUGUAUUUUGGGAAUACAACAUUUACAUAACUUCACACAAAGAACUGAAUUCUUCGUAAAUAAAUUCAAUCAUGGAUUUCACGAAUUUGCAUAUGACUGUUUGGAAUAUUGGAUUUUGAAAAAAAUGAAACAGGAACAUUUGUCAGGUGAAUUGGAUACAAAAUUUAACACAACAUUUUACAGCAGACUAUUCUGUUCCAGUGAUCACAUUUAGCGGAAAGAGUUUAUUUAAGAAUUAUAGUUACUGAUUUAUUUAUGAACGGAGAGUGUUGAAUUAUCGCGACUAUGUAAACUAAUCUCUGGUUUUGUAAUGGUAAUAACUACAUAAUUUACUGAUUAG